AUGCGCCAUUCGUCCUCCACCGCGUUGGUUGGCCUGCUUGCAGUGCUGGACCCUGUCUCCGCGCACCCCACUUCCAGCUCCAGCGCAGCCGCGCCCGCAGACCCGACUGGAACAACCUUUCCGUCGGGGUUCGACAUAACACGCAGCUGGGCCAAUUUGUCUCCGUACCAGGAUGCUCCCGGAUUCUCGGAGCCCAAGGGCAUGCCGCGCGGGUGUGAACUGACGCAGGCGCACGUCCUCCACCGACAUGCACAGCGGUACCCGACAGAGAGCGAUUUGGACGGCGGGGGCAUGGAGGCGUUCGCGAAGAAGCUCAAGAAUUACGAGCACAAGCACCAGACCAGCAAAAUCGGACACGGUCCGCUCUCCUUCCUGAAUGACUGGGAGUACCUGCUGGGUGAGGAUCUCUUGCUCCCGACGGGAGCGGCGACCGAGGCCACCUCGGGUGCCAACAUCUGGUCGCGCUACGGCCGGUUGCUGUACCACGCCGGACGAGGCCAGGCGGCGUGGGAUGAGUCGCUGAAUGUGUUCCCGAAUGGGACCGACCGACCCAAGCCGAUUUUCCGAACGACCGAUCAGUCGCGGAUUCUGGAGAGUGCGCGGUGGUGGCUGAGCGGAUUCUUUGGCAACACCGGCGCCAACAACUCCUACUCACAGUACGAUUUGGUGAUCACCCACGAAGGCAAGGGGGUCAACAACAACACAUUGGCCGCAGACCAAGCCUGCCCCGGCGACAUCGAAGAGGGCAACAAUUCCGCGGAGCGAUUCAUCCCCCGCUUCACCAAAGCGGCCAUCAAGCGCCUGUCUCCGUACCUCCCCGCGGACUUCGACCUCGACGACAGCGACAUCCUCGCCAUGCUGAACAUGUGUCCUUACGAGUACGCCGCCCUAGGCAGCUCCACAUUCUGCAGCCUCUUCACGGAACAAGAAUGGCAAGACUUCGAGUACAACGUAGACCUCCAAUUCUACGGCGACUACGGCUUCGGGUCGCCAACAGGCCGGUCCCAGGGCAUCGGCUACGUGCUGGAACUCGCCGCCCGACUGCAAAACCACCUCAUCACCACCCCAGAAACAAGCAUCAACACCACCAUCGACGGCAACCCGCACACGUUCCCGCUGCCCGACACACAGCCGCUCUUCAUGGACAUGUCGCACGACAACGUCAUCGUCGCCGUGCUAGCCGCCCUGGGCAUCGACUACUUCCGAUACGGGCCGAAGGGCCUCCCAGACACAGUGUCUCACGCCGUACCGCGGACAUUCCGCCUCAACGAGGUCACCCCGUUCGGGGCGCACCUCAUCUCCGAGAUCUGGAGGUGUCCCGCGCAGGAGGAGCUAGAACUCGACGGCGCGAUCUACAGGAACCCCGACCUAAGCGAGGAGCACACGCAGUCGUAUAUCCGGUUCGUGCUGAACGGGGCGCCUGUGCCGGUUGAUGCGGUCAAGGGGUGUGAGGAGGGGUCGAAGGGGGCGUUCUGUCCUAUUAAGGGGUUCGUGAGGGGUGUGCAGACGCUUAAGGAGGAGGCGGAGUUUGAGAAGGCUUGUUUUGGGAAGUAUCAUGAGGGGGAGCAGGUUGGGGAUGGACGGCCUGAGUAG